UAGCUUGAUAUAUAAAAAUAAAAGGAUCUUUCCUUUGGACAUUAAGGAGAAAAUGGAGAGACGUUGUAUGUUCAUUUCCAGUUUUGUGCUGAUACUUCAUCUUGUUCAAGCUCAAGAUCCCACCGGAUUCAUUAAUGUGGAUUGCGGUUUACCCCUUCGUGAGUCUCCUUACAACUCACUCCCAACCGGUUUAGCAUAUAUAUCAGAUGCCGAUUUAGUUAAGAGUGGAAAAACUAGUAGGAUCGCCAAGGAGUUUGAACCGGACUACACUAAGCCGAUUUUGAAACUAAGAUAUUUUCCAGACGGAGUACGAAACUGCUACCAUCUAAAUGUUACCCGGGACACCAAGUAUCUGAUUAAGGCCACAUUCGUAUAUGGAAAUUAUGAUGGUCUUAAUGUCGAUCCAAACUUUGACCUUUACUUGGGUCCGAACAUAUGGACAACAGUGAGCAGUAAUGAUACUAUAGAGGAGAUCAUCCAUGUGACGCAAACCGACUCUUUACAGGUAUGUCUUGUUAAGACAGGUAUUAGUAUACCCUUUAUAAAUGUCUUGGAGCUACGACCAUUGAAGAAAGAUAUGUAUGUUACUCAAAGCGGCUCACUCAAAUACGAAUUCAGGAGGUAUCUUAGCAACUCAGAUCGUAAUAUACGGUACCCGGAUGAUGUUUAUGAUCGUAAAUGGUACCCGAUGUUCGUGGCGAACUCAUGGACACAAGUAACUACAAAUUUGAAUGUAAAUUCUAGUAAUCUUUAUGAACUGCCAAAAGGUGUAAUGUCAACGGGAGUAACGCCCCUAAACCCUAACGCGACAUUAAACAUUACAUGGACUAUAGAGCCAUCUACUACGAAGUUUUACUCCUACAUGCACUUUGCCGAGCUUCAGACCCUAAGGGCCAACGAUACAAGAGAAUUCAAUAUAACAAUGAAUGGGAAAAUUUCAUAUGGACCAUAUAGUCCUAAGCCGCUAAAGACCCAAACCAUAUUCGACAUAACACCAGAGCAAUGCGAUGGAGGGGCAUGCCUUUUGCAGCUUCUGAAGACGUCCAAAUCAACUCUUCCGCCUCUCCUGAAUGCCAUCGAGGCUUUCACCGUGAUUGAUUUCCCGCAAAUGGAGACAAAUGAAGAUGAAGUUGCUGGUAUCAAGAAUGUUCAAGAUAUUUAUGGAUUAAAUAGAAUCAGUUGGCAAGGAGAUCCAUGUGUACCCAAACAAUUUUUGUGGGAUGGUCUAAACUGCAAUAACUCAGAUAUUUCGACUCCACCAAUAAUCACUUCCUUAGACUUAUCUACAAGUGGAUUAACCGGGAUCAUCACACAAGCCAUUCAAAAUCUUACCCACCUUGAAAAGUUGGACUUGUCAAAUAACAAUUUGACUGGAGAAAUACCUAAAUUUCUAGCUGACAUAAAAUCACUCUUGGUCAUAGACUUAAGUGGUAAUAACUUAACUGGAUCGGUCCCUCCCUCACUUCUUCAGAAGAAAGGAAUGAAGUUAAAUGUUGAAGGAAACCCUCAUCUUCUUUGCACAGCUGGUUCAUGUGUGAACAAAAGAAACGAUGGACAUAAGAAAAAGAGUAUCAUUGUACCAGUGGUUGCAUCAAUUGCUUCAGUAGCUGUUAUUAUAGGUGCAUUCGUCAUGUUCCUUGUUCUCAGAAAGAAAAAAGCAUCAAAAUUUGAAGGGCCAGAACCCUCAUAUAUUCAAGCAUCAGAUGGUAGAUCAUCAGAACCGGCAAUUAUGACAGAAAAUAAAAGGUUUAGUUACUCAGAAGUUAUUGCAAUGACAAAUAACUUCCAAAGAAUCCUUGGGAAAGGAGGGUUCGGAAUUGUAUAUUAUGGUUUUGUGAAUGGUACAAAACAAGUAGCAGUUAAGAUACUUUCCCAUUCAUCAUCUCAAGGGUAUAAACAGUUCAAAGCUGAGGUCGAACUUCUUCUUAGAGUUCAUCACAAGAACUUGGUCAAUCUUGUUGGGUAUUGCGACGAAGGAGAGAACAUGGCUCUUAUCUAUGAAUUCAUGUCCAAUGGAGAUUUAAAGGAACAUAUGUCAGGUAAAAUAAUAACAAAAUGUCUUGUUUUAGUUCUAUGCGUUGUGUGUAACAUAAGACUUUUAUAUCAAUCUGUUAUUUCAAAUACAGGAACACGUAACCGUUUUGUUUUGAAUUGGGGAACUCGACUUAAAAUAGUUUCUGAAUCGGCACAAGGACUUGAGUACUUACAUAAUGGAUGCAAACCACCAAUGGUUCAUAGAGAUGUUAAAACCACAAAUAUAUUGUUGAAUGAACACUUUGAGGCCAAGCUUGCUGAUUUUGGUCUUUCAAGAUCAUUCCCAAUCGAAGGUGAAACUCAUGUGUCGACAGUUGUUGCUGGAACUCCUGGAUAUCUUGAUCCUGAAUACUACAGAACAAAUUGGCUGACAGAAAAGAGUGAUGUUUAUAGUUUUGGGAUAGUAUUGUUGGAGAUCAUCACAAACCAACCUGUGAUAGACCAAAGCCGUGAAAAGCCACAUAUAGCAGAAUGGGUGGGGUUAAUGCUUACAAAAGGAGACAUCAUAAGCAUUAUGGAUCCAACUCUAAAUGGAGAUUAUGAUUCUGGUUCUGUGUGGAAAGCUGUUGAACUAGCAAUGUCUUGUCUAAAUCCUUCUUCAGCGAGAAGACCUACGAUGUCGCAAGUUGUUAUCGGACUGAAUGAAUGUCUUGCAGCUGAAAAUUCAAGGGGAGGUGCCAGUAGGGACAUGGACUCGAAGAGUUCUAUAGAAGUGAGCUUGACUUUUGGUACUGAAGUGAGCCCAAGGGCUAGGUAGAUUAUAUGUUUUUUACUACGGAACUAUCUCCAUAUCUCUGUGUCGGAUGUCACCUUUAUUUAACUUCUGUUAUGGAUACUUUGUGACUAAAAAGUUUACAGUCGCUUUUUUACCGUUA